CAUGGUUCUGCAGCGGAUUUAUUGAAAAAAGGCGUUUCGUUUCAGCUGUGGCGUAUGCAACGAUGAGGAACCGGCCGUGUAGAGUUUCCCUGAAUUCUGUGGAGAGCGAGGGUUGAAUGCGAUGGAGGGGCUGCCAAGCUGGAUGGUGGAAGGAGGACCUGAACAAACCCUUGCGGGACUCACGAUUGAAUCGGUUCGCAAUCAAAUGAUUGCUAUCCGUGGGAGACACUUGCUCCAUUUUCCAGCUCUAAGAGGCAUGAGCACCACCCACGAGUAUUGAUCAAGACUUCUGCACGUCCCAAGGCAGCCAGUCUAAGCCAACGGGUUCACCAAGAUGUCGUCCAAGAAAGUCCAUAGUUGGCAUAUCAACAUCAACGCUGGCGAUUCCGCGAUCCACUUGCUUGUCAAUGAAGGAACGACUCCAAAACCAACCAUCCUGGGCUGCGUUUUGAUCGACGGGGGUAAAGGUGCAAAUGAAAAGAUCAAGACGAUCAAAGACGUGAUCGCAAAAAUUGAGAAAGACUACACUUUGCCUGCCGGGGACUUGAACCUGAAGUUUGAUAGUAUAGUCAUCACACAUUGGGAUGUGGAUCACUGGGAGGGAGUCGUCAAUCUCCUGGUCGACGACUUGUCGACGAAACUUCGGAAUGACGCUACUUAUAAAAAGCUGACGAGUGAUUCAUACACUCUAUUCAAGAAAACAAUCUUGAAGAAGCUUGACGUGGCUUUCACAGAUGCGACGGUGGAUACGCUAUUUGCGGCAAAUAGUGCCAAAGUGAAGAAAGUCAGCGAUAGCCUCAACAUUGUCGAAAGGGAAGCCUGCGACCUAAUUUACCCUCUAUCACCAAAUCUCGCGAUUCCAUGUCGCUAUCUGAGGUAUACUAGUACGUUCCCUACGGUGCCAGUCCUCCAGAACACUCCUCCUGCAUUUAAGGUCGGCCCUGGAGAUGUCUUGACUAGGUUCUACGUACCAUACAUGACUACCAAGCAAAAGCUCGGACUCAUAGGGCCUCAUCAAAGGGAAAACGCUGAUGAUGAUGAUGAUGAUUCCAAACCGAAGGUGAAGAGACGAAAGAAAACUCCAGCCGAUGAAGAUGAUAUGGCUGUCGACCUAGGACCCUUAGAAAAUGAUUACACACUCCUCAAAACCACGCUGCGAGUCAACGUUGACAAUUCCUAUAAGGAGAGCGAACCUAAUACCGUGGCAAUACGGGUUCCGCUGACUCAUAAUCUUGGCUUUGAAUGGCCUUAUAUUAACAAUAAAGGCAAGCCUGGCUUCACGAAGCAACGAGAAAAGGUGUGGCGUUUCAACUUCGUAGCAAAGUUGUAUGAUUCUGCGGAACAGUACCUCGGUGCAGAGCUCUUCCGGAAAGGCAACUUCGCCGACAAAUCCAAAGCCAAAAUGCUGCAAAAUCCGGCAGACUUAAUUGGACCCAAAGGCUGGGGGAUGGAUGUCGAUGAUGGGCCAGGAAUGUUUGUUGUCGCGGGUGACCAGUAUGUUAUAGGAGACACGCCGUUGGCAGGUGCCCCUACUCUGUUAUCGGUAAAGCGUGUGGUAACUCCAAUAAACACGGCUUCAGGAGAUACAAAGCUCACAUUCAGGCCACGACUGAAGGUUGUCGAUUCAACCCUCAAAAAAGGGCAACGGUAUGACCCUCGGGGUGCAAAGGACUCCAAGGCGAAAAACUCUGCUUCGAUUGUUUGUCUGAUUCUUGCCCCAACGGGGAACAAAACGCCAAAAGACAGCUUCAAAAUCUUGCACUUCUUGGGUGGUGAUGCACUUUGGGAUGUCGAAGGCGCCUUGGUGACAUGGAUGAAAAACCAACUCAAUGGCGAGGAUUGGCCUUGCCUCAGCACAGCGAUCAAGCUAAGCCAUCAUGGAGGCAAAGAGUCGACGGAGGUUCACUUGCUUGAGCAAAUGGCCCCUCAGUUUAUGCUAUGUUCGAUUGGAGAGAAGGGGGAGUACUUCCAUCCUCAUGCCGAGGUUCUCGCAUUCAUUCAUGCUGCAAUUGCGGCGCUCCGCACAUCAGAUAUAGAAAAAGAGAAGGUAAAACAAGGUGGAAAGGCUGACCAUGGCGAGGACUUCGAAUUCCAAGAAAAUUUGAAAGCGCUCUAUGCACUUUCUGGACUUACAAGUAACAUAUACACUGACUUCCGCAAGCGGUUCAACAAAGAUCGCGCAGCUACGUUAAAAGAGAAAGGAUUGAAAGAAGAGCAAAAGGGGACGUGGAAGACAGCCAUGAAAACGGAAUCGGACACAAGAAGGAAAGCAAUGGGUGGUAUCAUACGUCAACGCUGGGAAUAUAUAUCCCCCAACCCCGCGAAAGAAAAGUUCAAGGCAUGGAAGCUUAUUCUCGGGAUUGGUGAGCAAAGCAAGCCACGGCAUUUAGCUUGGAUCCAGGAUAACAACUACUUCGCCAUUCCUGUGCCUAACCAGCUCACCGUCACAGUGUCGCCGCCACCGCCGCCAAAGGCACCACCCGCGGACUCGGACAAAAUGGCUGUGGUUCUGGCUGCGUCAUCUUCGGCGGUAGUUCCGGCGACCGGUACAACCACAAAGAGUGUCUUAAUCCCUCCUCGGAUUGCUGUAUGGGCUAGGAUUGCAGAAGUCCCAGAAGAUCCAGAGGCAGAUGAAUCUCCUUUCCCCCUUGCACCUUCCCCAGAUGCUAUGGUAGUUGAACCGCCCAAGGGGAAGCGCGUUCUCGUUCGCAAUGCCAACAUCCCGGCGGCAAACGCUCAGACAUUGAUUGUACCUAUACCUUCAAUCCCCGAGGCUGCAUCUCCAUCUAGGUUCUACGUGUACAGCACAAUAUACUCGCACGUCACUGCAGGAAACCCUAAUGAGGUGGUAUUGGAUGUCGGUAAUCCCCUAAACAACUUCCUCAGUGCUCUUGAUCCCGGCUUUUGGGUGACGGAUACCCUCCUCAAUUCGAACAACACGGUCCUGUCGCUGGACGCACACUGGGCUCAAGGGGUCACAUCCACCUUAUUGAAUAUCAACAGCGUCACCAUGAAAGGUUUAGUUGUAAACAAAGUAGCGCAGGUUACCGAAAUUGGCUCAACUAUUACCAGUGGGAACAAAACUCUGAGCUUUUCCACUUCCGCCACUUACGACGCUAUGGUGGGUGGAACGAAGCAACACCGGGAGUUCUCUGACGCAUUCUAUCCUCCAUACAACUUGCUUGUGCUUGGACUUUCUUCCGUCACACAAUCGGCAGAUUUCACUUUAGGUGAUAUUCUCCGACUCUUUGGGCCCCAUUGGAUGCAGGAUGCCGCUGAUGUGUUUGAACUUCCUGGCUUUGACUCUGGUUUAAAAUUUGUCCUGGAUGCAAGCGGAAAGUCAAAUCGCAAUGGCCUCUUCUUUCAAGCGGAUAGCCAUUACCCAACAUGGCUUCGACUUCAGUUCAACGUGCCGAAAGACAACCUAGAUGACUUUAAGGCCAAACUACAAACCCGACUCGACUUCCUAGGUAGCAUCUCUCUUAGCGAUGCUUGCGUGAUAUGCCGAAAGCAGUCCAAGACUGAACGUAGGGAGAUGCCAAAUGCGCAAGGCCAAAUAGUGCUUGAUUCGACCUCAUCAAGCAUCUCUUCAUUUGUCUGCAUCCAAGCCACCGUAACAAUAAACUCCCUUUCAUUACGGCUCAUCCUUGAAUAUGAUUCAGAUGGCUCAACCAGGCUUAUCAUCAGGUUUGACACCGUGACUGAAAAAGGGAAACCGAUCAGCGCUGCUCUGGAGUGGCUUGCAAAAUCUUUUGACCUUGACGGUGAUAUAAGUGAUCUUCUCCCUGGGUCUGAGAAUAUCUACGUUCUACAGGUGGCGGUCAAUUUGGGGAGUGUGACCCCCGAGGGACACUUCUCAAUCAAGGGCGCCUCGGUAACAUUCACACUGGAAGUCGAUUGUUUUGGUGCGGCGUUCUUUGUAGAAGCGACUUGGCCAAGCUUCAGGUUGCGGGCAUUCCUAUGGACGGACCUGAGGGAUGAAAUCGAACCAAAAAUGCUGCCGUGGCUUGAGCCUUAUAUGGAUAUCAAUCCAGCCAAUACGAGCCUUAUGUCACCCGAGGGACCAAAGCUCACCAAUUUCCUUCCAGAUUCUAUGCAAAAUGUCCGCCUUCCGCCUGCAGUCGACUUUAGAAUCGUCGAAGCCGAGUUUGAGAGCUGGAUGGACGCACAGCAGCAAAUGAACCUCAUCUUCCACGCCACUUUGUGCACAAAAGAUGAUCCAAGUGGAGGUGAGCCUGCGCUCGACAUUGACACACUAAGUAUGACGGCUACACGGAUUGCAACCACGGAUCCCAAGCGGAUGUCAUACGAAAUCAACAUUUCAACCGUUUUCUAUCUGCUGCCUCGAAAUUUCGACCCCACCAAUCCCAACUCGUUUGCUGCACAGAUCUCUGCCUCUGUCGACGUGCUUGAUGGGCUAUGGGUGAUUAAGGCCGAAGCAGACAACCUCCAAUUUGCCGCACUAUAUAGCUUGUUUGAUUCAGAUGUGUCUGAUUCCGUUAUGGACAUCCUGGAAGAGUUCUCCAUUCCACGAAUACAGUUCGCUUUCACCUACGGCAUGGAUAAGGCUCCCAAUAUUUCUCUAACAGGCGCGCUUAGAAUCAGCACGUUCGAGAUCGAUGUUGGGUACUGGUACAAUUCGGCCGAGUCGUGGUCCUUCCAGGGCCAGCUUGGAUUUAUUAGUGAUAAGGACAAGAUCACCAUAGCCCAUAUUGUCAGAGAAUUUGACACCAGCAUCGCUGACGUCCUUGAUGAGAUUGAGUUCAUCAAGUCUAUUUCCAUUCCCGCAAUCAACCAAGACGCGACGGACUUCGAUUCUGCUCCAAUCCAAUUCUACAUGACCUCAACGUCCGAUGCUGUUAUCAUGUGGUUCCAGGUUGAGAUCGAUUCUGCGGUUGGAGCAUUCACAUUCCUCUUUGCACAGUACAAGCCGAAGCCAAAGCCGAAUGCACAGAACCAGAUGCCAGCGACAAGGCCUUCACCAAAGCGCUUAAUUCGCGUUAGACUGGACCACCUGCCGACGCUGCCUAACAUUCCCAUUGUCGGAUCAAUCGGACAGCCAGUGGACUCAAUUUCCUACGUGUACGUGCAGGACUCAGAAGGGAUCAAUCCCGCGAAUAAGUCCCCUUCGGCUGGUUUCACGCUUCAAGAGAUUGACGCGAUCAAUGCUACACUCCAAGAUCGCAACGCUAUCCGAUUCCGCGAUACAAAGUCGAAUCUACCCUCUGCUAAUGCAUCAAGCACACCUCCUGCUACAGGCUCCUCUGCGCCACCGAACUAUGUUCUUCUGCAUGGGCAUCACUUCAUCGUAGUCACCAAUGGGAAAGUCGUCGUCGACCACAAAUUUGGAAGCUCCACACCCUCUACGACGCCACAAAAUAAGAUCGUUAGUAAGCGAGUAACUGGAGGUCCCGUCGUUCGUCCUGCCGCAGGUCCACUUGCACCAAGCCCACAAGCUACCGCGGAAGAUUCUGGAGCUACCAUGGGACAAAGCAAAAAGAGCUUUCCUGGCAUCCCAAUCACCAUCAACAAUUUUGGAAUCCAGGUCAAAGACAAGAGGCUGUACCUCCUUAUUGAUGCGAAGGUCUUGCUUGGACCGAUUGAGCUAACAUUGGAGGGAUUCGGGAUAGGGAUACCUUUGAAUAUCCCUGGAAUUAGCUUUGCGGAUCUAGCAAAAAAGGAGGUAAUUGAGCUGUUCGAUAUUAAGCUCACAGGUAUAGGGGUCUAUUUCAACGCACCACCAGUCAUGAUCGCGGGAUGCUUCUUCCAUAUUGAUGUACCGGAGUAUGAAGCAUAUCGUGGUGGCUUGGCCGUCAGCAUUCUUCCUUACACAUUGCUCGCCGUAGGCAGUUAUCAGCAUAACAAACUUCCGAAAGACUUCAAAUCUGUCUUCGUCUUUGCUCGUUUGGAUGGACCUCUCUUCACCCUUGAGUUUGCCGAGAUCUCUGGGGUGUCUGCCGGCUUUGGAUACAACUACGAUCUUCGGUUGCCUACUGCAGGGGAAAUCAUGGACUUCCCACUCGUCCAUGGUCCAGAGUCCUCCGAUGAUCCCAUGAAACUACUCUCAAGUCGCAAAGAAGAACGCUCCAGUUUUGUUAAUUGGACAACUGCCAAGGAGACGGCAUUGUUUUUUGCCAUCGGCAUGAAAGUCGAUGCUUUCCAAGUCUUGACGGUAGAUGCCGCUGCUAUUCUUGCAAUAUCCGCAGACGAUGUCAAGAUUGCGCUUGUGGGCAUCGCAAGUGCAAGUAUGCCACCCUCGACUGGGAAGACUAAGCCACCAGAGGCAUUCAUCUACGUCGAACUCGGAAUCGUAGCGAGUCUAGACAUCACGGGAGGAUCUUUACUCGUUGCAGCGCAACUUACGCCCAACUCAUAUGUUCUCGCGCCUGACUGCCAUCUGACCGGAGGCUUUGCGCUUUGCUACUGGUUUGGUAGGAACGAGAAUGCUGGAGACUGGGUCUUCACUGUGGGCGGAUACCACCCAGCGUUCAAGAAGCCCAAGUACUACCCAGAUGUUCCUCGUGUCGGCAUUAGUUGGAAUCUUAGCGACGUUCUCACCGUCCGAGGCGAAUCAUAUUUUGCCAUCUGCCCAAAGGCUUGCAUGGGUGGUGGACGCUUGCUCGCUACAUUCAGUGCCGGACCAAUCUAUGCAUCCUUUGAAGCAUGGGCGUCGUUCCUCAUCAACUUCAAGCCUUUCUUCUUCGUCGCAGACAUUGGCAUCAAUGUCUCUGUGGGCUGCAACAUUGACUUCUGGAUUGUUCAUAUCCAUAUUCAUGCUGAGCUCGGCGCUUCACUUCACCUCCAAGGGCCGCCAUUCGGAGGUGUUGCGCAUGUUCAUUUCUGGGUCAUGGGCUUUGACGUCUACUUCGGAGACCAGAACAACGUGCCCGAUCCUUUGAGCUGGGAUAAGUUCCUCCCUCUUAUCAAGCAACCUGGGCCAGGAAGCGAUCCAAAUAAGACGGCUAUGUGCGUAAUCGCAAUUGAGAAAGGCUCUGCAGAUGAGAAGUCGAGCAAAACAAACAGAGACACAGGUGAAAAAUGGUUCGUGAGAGCGGGGUCUUUGCAAUUCCGCGUCGAGACUAAGUUCCCGAUCGAGGACAUGGAUUAUGGGGAUAGCUAUGUGCAGAACAAAUCGCAGGACCUGAAACCCUCCGUUCCGGCUACAGGGGCGAUUUAUGGGCGGCCGAUGCAGUUGAAGGAACCGUAUAAAUCGCAUUUAAGCGUUAAAGUUGUGCCACCUGGCCCGGCAAUUGAUCCCAAAGUGGAUGACUCGAAUCCAUGGCUUGUCAUGCCACUAAUUAGAUCUCUCCCCAAGGCUCUAUGGGCCAAGUAUGACAAAAAUGAAGACCCAACGCACGCAGGGAACUCUAUCGCGACCCUCCUCAACAGUGAAAAUGCCUCAGACGCGACAGUAGACCACUUGGUCGGUUUCACUUUCCGCUCGCCAGACCCCAAGCUGCCCUCAUGGUCCUUCCCCGAAUUUAACGCCCUCGCCGCAAUGCAGGAAGGUGUCUUCCAAGACGAUGGUGACCCCUUAGACAAGCCAGUUCGCAAAAACGCGCUUCUCGGCCCCGCUACGGGCAUAGACGAACGACCGAAGUUAAAACCUACGCCUCCGUCGCAGACUACAGAUCUUCCUGACGCCAAGAAGCCAGACAUUUGGGUCGAGGAUAAGAGUCUCGUAGAUGGGGGAUUUCUGGAUGUGGGACCAAGCUUCGAUGAGGUGGAAGGUGUGUGGCAGGCUGUGGAUGAGGAGGCUACGCAGUUAGUAGCCGAUGCGUGGGGAGAUGUGAUGGGCUGGUGGGGAGUGGAAGUGCCUGGGAGUGCUGGGUCUAGUUUGAGCGGGAAGAAGCCGACGUAUCUGAUAGGCAGGGCUGAGACUUUUGAGGUGUUUUAUUUGGAGGCUCCUUGGCUGACGAAGGAUGGGGUGGAGACGAAUACACCUGUUACUGUUGGAGCGUAG